UUUCCUCAACUACGCAGGACUUUUAGUUGCAGACUCACUGUCUGCUCAAGAUGUUCUUUCCGACGUUCCUUCUUGUUUUUACGGUCAUCCAAGUCUCGAUUUGUCUUAAUGAAGAUUACUACUGGAGAGAAUACACAGGAACAAUUCCCGACGAUGCGUUGGUAGGGGGUCAAGACAUCAACAAAAAAGACGUUUAUAUUGGGCAAGCCUACGUCCAUGGAGAUGGACUGAUCGUGUCUGAAAUUUUUCCAGGAGUACGAGAAGUACACGCACCUAUUAAUGGUGUCAAAACUGUCAAGUCAUACAUAAAGAUUCUUUGUGGAGUUCAACAGAACUUUUACUGGUCACCAGCAAACGCCUCCCACCUUCAUCUACAAAUGAUCGACAAACGCCCAAUUAUAGGUGGACACGAAAAUGGCGGGAUUUUAUACAUAGGUCGUCUUAGUUACGAAGGAAACAUUAGAAUUGGAAAAAUUGUUCCUUUCAAUACGGAAGAUGCGCGGUUUUACUUUAACAAUCAAGGUUCUGAAAAAAGCGUCAGUUCUUAUGAAGUACUUGUGUACAAUGAGAAUGCUGUGGAUGUUAGGCUUGGACAAUAAAUGACUAUGGAAAAUUA